GAGCGACUGUAGCCGCUGUGCGCGACGUCGUCUGCGAGAAGGCUGCGGCGGGACAGGCAAUCGCUCUCACCGCAAGGAAGUGAAUCAGCUAGUUUAGGGAAGAUCGUUUCAUCAUGAACCAGUUACACUCGGACUACGACUCCUACGGCAUUGAAGAGCCCAGCGACGAGGAGCCCGUGCAUAGCAGUUCAGAGGAUGAAUUGGAUGUCCUUUUACACGGGACACCUAAACAGAAACGUAAGCUGAUUCGUGAAUGUCUCACCGGUGAGAGUGAAUCAUCCAGCGAAGAUGAAUUCGAAAAAGAGAUGGCGAAAGAGUUGAGCAAUACAAUGAAGACAAUGGAGGGGACCUGGCAGUCAUCUGUGUCCGGUGCCACCACGUCAGCAGAGAGCAAGCCACAACAAUACUAUGAUGAUGUAUACUUUGACUCUGACUCGGAAGAUGAGAGCAAAGAAAGCAAAUCUAAGCGUGGGGCUAAGCAGAGACCGAAAGGGAAGCAUCCGGUGCUGACAAACGAUGAUCUGUUGUAUGAUCCAGACGAGGAUGACCGGGACCAGGAGUGGGUUGAUUCUAGAAGAAGAGGGUACAGAAACAUGAGGAAGCAGGUGCAAACAUCAAGCCGGCAGUCAAAAACGCAAGAAAUGUCCAACAGCGAUGCGAUUUUAAAUUGUCCAGCUUGUAUGACAACGCUGUGUUUGGAUUGCCAAAGGCACGAGUCUUACAAGACCCAGUAUAGAGCCAUGUUUGUUAUGAAUUGCUCUGUUAUGAAGGACGAAGUGCUCCGCUUCCCAGAUCAACCAUUGAAAAAGAGCAGACGGCGAGAUCACAAGAAAGUAAAACUUCCCCCAGCGGAUGCAGCGAGUCAGGAAGGCGAAGCGUACCAUCCGGUGAAAUGCACUGAGUGUUCCACAGAGGUCGCCGUUUACGACAAAGAGGACGUGUAUCAUUUCUUCAAUGUUCUAGCCAGUCACUGCUAGGGGCUUUGUGCUCACUGGCUUGGUUAUACUGGACAUUUUG